AUGGCCACUUUAGAAGAAUUGGACGCUCAGACUUUACCGGGAGAUGAUGAAUUAGAUCAAGAGAUCUUGAAUCUUUCCACGCAGGAACUUCAAACUAGAGCUAAGCUCCUGGACAAUGAGAUUCGUAUCUUUCGAUCUGAACUGCAAAGAUUGUCUCAUGAAAAUAACGUAAUGCUCGAGAAGAUUAAGGAUAAUAAGGAAAAAAUUAAGAAUAACAGACAGUUGCCUUACUUGGUGGCUAACGUCGUCGAGGUCAUGGACAUGAAUGAAAUCGAAGAUAAGGAAAAUAGCGAAUCUGCCACCCAAGGUGGCAACGUCAAUUUAGACAACACCGCCGUUGGCAAGGCUGCCGUGGUCAAGACGUCUUCUAGACAGACCGUUUUCUUGCCCAUGGUUGGGCUGGUGGACCCGGACAAACUUAAACCAAAUGAUUUGGUGGGCGUGAAUAAGGACUCGUAUUUGAUUUUGGACACCUUACCUUCUGAGUUUGAUUCUCGUGUAAAGGCUAUGGAGGUGGACGAGAAACCUACGGAAACAUACUCAGAUGUGGGUGGGUUGGAUAAACAGAUAGAAGAACUAGUGGAGGCCAUUGUGUUACCUAUGAAGCGUGCAGAUAAAUUCAAAGACAUGGGUAUUAGAGCACCAAAAGGUGCCCUAAUGUAUGGGCCUCCGGGUACAGGUAAAACUUUAUUAGCGCGUGCGUGUGCUGCUCAAACUAACGCUACCUUUUUAAAAUUGGCAGCUCCUCAAUUGGUCCAAAUGUACAUCGGCGAAGGUGCCAAGCUGGUCCGUGAUGCAUUCGCGUUAGCCAAGGAAAAGGCUCCAACCAUUAUUUUCAUUGAUGAGCUGGAUGCUAUUGGUACUAAAAGAUUUGAUUCGGAAAAAUCAGGUGAUAGAGAAGUGCAAAGAACCAUGUUGGAACUAUUGAAUCAAUUGGACGGUUUUAGCUCUGAUGAUCGUGUUAAGGUCUUGGCAGCCACCAAUAGAGUCGAUGUCUUAGAUCCUGCUCUGCUUAGAUCAGGUAGACUAGAUCGAAAAAUCGAAUUUCCACUGCCUUCAGAAGACUCAAGAGCCCAAAUUUUACAAAUUCAUUCCAGGAAAAUGACCACUGCUGACGACAUUAACUGGCAAGAACUAGCCAGAUCUACUGAUGAGUUCAAUGGUGCACAGUUAAAGGCGGUAACUGUGGAAGCCGGUAUGAUUGCCCUAAGAAACGGACAAUCUUCUGUCAAGCAUGAAGAUUUUGUUGAAGGUAUAAGCGAAGUUCAAGCAAGAAAAUCAAAAUCGGUCUCCUUUUAUGCAUAA